AUGAUGGAAUUUACAACAUUAGAUGAUGGAUUCAGAUUUCCUCGCAUUAUUAAUGGCAUGUGGCAGGUAUCAGGUGGUCAUGGCAAAAUAAACUACAAGAAUGCUCUUAAUGAUAUUGUUGAGUAUAUAUCAAGUGGACUGAAUACAUUUGAUAUGGCCGAUCAUUAUGGACCAUCAGAGGAACUGUUUGGUGAGGUUAUCACACAGGUACGAAGCGGGCGUGUCAAGUUGGACCCAAACAAUAUACAUGGUUUCACCAAGUGGUUCCCACCUCCAGGAUCAGUAACACAGGACAUGACAACCAAGGCAGUAAAGAAGGCAAUGGCUGCGAUGAAGGUGGACAGAUUGGAUCUUCUUCAGUUCCAUUGGUGGGACUAUGACGAUGAGAGAUACAUGGAUGCAUUGGCAUAUCUCAAGGUGUUACAGUGUCAAAGUCAACCCGUCAUCAGACACAUAGGUUUGACCAACUUUGAUACAAUCAGAGUGCAAAGAAUUGUAAAUAGUGGUAUUAAGAUUGCGACGAACCAAGUGUCCUAUUCAAUCAUUGAUAGACGUGUCGAGAAGAAGAUGUCCAUCUAUUGUAAAGAGAAGAGUAUUUAUAUUAUAGCCUAUGGUGUAUGUCUUGGUGGACUAAUAUCAGAGAAAUUCCUUGGCGUACCAGAUCCAUCACAGGUAGCUCUAAACACUUGGAGUCUGACAAAGUAUCGUAACUUUGUAGAGAGAUGGGGUGGAUGGCGAAUGUUCCAGGAUCUAUUGGAGGUACUGAAAAGAGUGGGCAACAAACAUGGCGUUUCAUUGACGAUGGUGGCAAUUCGAUUCAUUCUGGAUCAGACUCAGGUGGGCGGUGCUGUCAUUGGUUGUCGAUGGGGAAUCACCAAACACAAGGAUGAAUUGGUCAAAGAUCUAUACUCUUUUAAGUUGGACAGUGAUGACUAUAAGCAAAUCAAUAAUGCUGCCAACAAAGGUGAUACAAUGCUUGGAUGGAAGGAUUGU